AUGGCCCCCAAAACACCGGUGUUUCUACUCAAGACCAGAUCAAGUCCGAUCGACGCAUACGAGGAGAUAUUCUCAGGCUCUGCCAAUGACCUCAAUUUCGAACCGUCAUUCGUCCCAGUGCUGGAGCACCAGGUCGAUGAAGAAGGAAUGGCCAAAGUGCGAAACCUGCUCCGAAAUAGGUUAAUAGGCACGGCCGAGGGCUCCGCAUACGGUGGCUUGAUUUUCACCUCCCAGCGGGCUGUCGAGGCCUUUACUAAGCUCGUCGAGGAAGGGAGAGAUGAAGAAGGAUGGCCCCAUCUCCAGGAUGUACCCUUUUACAGCGUCGGACCGGCGACAACACGGGCUCUGAAAGCUGUCCCUCAGCGCCCUCCUCUGCAGGUCUUUGGCGAGCACACAGGCAGUGGCGAGAAGCUGGCGCCCUUCAUCCUUGAGCAUUACGGGAACUGGUACAGAGACCGCGUGCCUAAGCCUCCGCUGCUCUUCCUGGUGGGCGACAAGCGCCGCGAUAUCAUCCCCAGAGUGUUGACUGAGGCGGGAUGGCGGGUAGACGAAGUCGUCGUUUACGGCACGGGCGAGUUGAAGUCUUUCAAGCAAGACUUCACCCGGCGCCUUGAAGAGACUAUGGACCGGUCACGCAGAUGGAUCGUUGUUUUCUCGCCCAGCGGAUGCGACAGCAUGCUGAGCGCCUUGGAUCUUCUGGACCGGAGCACCGGCAUGGCCAAGCCUAAGCUUCCAAACCGGAGCACAUAUAUUGCUACCAUUGGCCCAACGACCCGUGAUCAUCUCAUUAACACGUUUGAAUUCGAGCCCGACGUCUGCGCUGAGCAGCCCAGCCCGGAGGGCGUAUGGCAAGCGAUCUGCCACUUCAUCGAGAAUAUGGAUUAG